AUGUUCUUUCGGUUACGUUUGAUUCUUGUUCGAAGUUGUGUUAUUUCGUUGGUUAUCGUUGUCAUUCUACAAAGUUUUCUAUUUAUCAAGAACGAAUUAUAUGAACUACAGAAGACGAAACGAUUGUUACGCGCAGAAGCACAGUUUUGGCAGAAACUUGCUGAAGAAGAUGAAGGUUUGACAGAUCAACAACGAAUUCGACAAAUUGAAUCGAUUAAACAGUCAAGUAUUGAUUCGAAUAUUAACUGGACAAAUGUAUUUUUCGAUAAUUAUCGACGAAAAUUAUUACGCUUGACCGAAAGAGAUUCACACAAUAUGAAUAAAUAUCGAUUUCGAGAUAUCCAAGGAAAUAUUUCUCAGAAAAUCUUUGAUGUCUUCGAAGAAACUCUUGUUUUUACUCGUCCAAAAUUCUGCUCAUCAUCGCGAGUGUUUCAUCCCCAAUGUCCGUAUACAAACUGCCGUUGGAGUUGUGAAAUGCCGAUGAAAGAUUCUAACAAUUUUCGUCGUGCCAGUGUAUUUCAUCAUGUCGAUAUCAAUGAAACUGAAAUGCAUGAGAAAUUGCAACAUCGUUCUUACAAAGACAUUUGGAUCCUAUGGAUUGAUGAAGCGAAUCGAUCAAUAAGUCAUUUGAAUCAAUAUAAAUUCAAUUGGACACUAAGUUUUCGUCAAGAUUCAGAAGUUUCCAUCGGUACGUAUGGAAUUCUAGUAGUACAAGAUAAAACGAAAAUCUCUUCGAAAGAGAAUGUAAUUCACGAUCAAAGAUACCUUCAACUUUUUCACAAUCGAAAUAUUCACCUAUCUUACGUAACUAUCGAAAACCGUAUUUUGCUCAAUUAUCGAUACCGUCAGAAAUAUGCACUCUGGUUCGUUUCGAAUUGUUCACCUCAACGUCGUCUCAAAUAUUAUUCGGAAUUAAAACAGUUCUAUCCAAUCGUUGCCUAUGGAAAUUGUGUGGCAAAUAAAUGCGAUCGUAAUGAUCAAUGUGAAUACAAACAAUCUCAUCUCGCGAUGUUUUAUCUGUCGUUUGAAUCACAGCAAUGUCAAGAUUAUAUAACUGAAAAGUUCUGGCGAGCAUUACACUAUGGAAUGAUACCGAUUGUUCUCGGUCCAUCGAAACAAUGCUAUCUAGAUUUGGGCGUACCGCAUUCAGCAUUUAUACAUACAGAUGAUUAUCCAUCGCCCGAGGAACUUGCCGAUCAUUUACGUGCGAUAUCAACGGAUUAUUUUCUUUAUAGGAAAUAUUUUCAAUGGUUACUUCGAUACGAAGCUUUCUAUGAAACAGAUACGUUAGAGCCGAUACGAAUGUGUGAAUUAUGUAUGAGAUUGAACCUGCAAGACUAUCAAGAACAUAGUUUUUAUACGAAUGUUCAUGAAUGGCAUCGCGCGUCGUGUUAA